AUGGCGUCGCCGGGCGAGGCAGAUACUCCCGAAGGGGCCCCGAGGGAUGAUGGGUCCGCCGAUGGCCAGUCUAACAACAAAAAGCGCAGGACAGGCCCCAACUCGCGUGGCGUCGCCAACCUCACGCCCGAACAACUCGCCCGCAAACGCGCAAACGACCGCGAAGCUCAGCGCGCAAUCAGGGAGCGCACCAAAAACCAGAUCGAUCGCCUGAACCAGCGCAUACGUGACCUGGAGAGUCAGCAGCCCUACAAUGACCUACAGGUGGUGCUGCGCGAGAAGGAAGCCGUCUUGGCCGAGAACGCAGACAUCAAGAAGCGACUAGAGAGCGUCCUGAGCAUCAUCCAGCCCAUCGUGCGCGCUACGACCGGACUCAACGAAUUGGCAGCUGCCGCCGAAAGGUCGCCCCUUCCCCUUCAUCCCCCCCACCAGCUACGCGACGCGCCUGUGCAACCUACCGACUCACGUCACUUCCACGUCGUCUCCCACGACUCGCCCCAGAACGGUGUACAUUCACCCCAGGUGCCCGAAGGAGCUAGGUCAUGGAUAUACUCCAACGAGGCCCCCACGAGCCAUUUGCGCCGAUACUCAAACGGAAGCCCCGGCCCACACUUUGAGCAGUCGAGAACGCCCAAUAUACAGUCGGAGAUGCCCUUUGACGAGCGCUUGGGAGUCGACUUCUUGCUCGACAAUGGUCAGCCAAGGGCUUUGGAUCCAAAUCUGCCCCCGCCGCAGCAGCCACGACCAAGUAAUGUCAGUAGCAGCCGGCAUGCACAGUAUGCGCCCGAUAUGGUGGCCCAUCUCACCCUCCCUCGGAACCUCCCCGCUACCUGUCCAUUGGACGUCAUCUUGCUCGACUUCCUACAGGAUCGCCAGAACCGGGCCGCGGAAGGCGCCCCGCUGAAGACUCUGGUUGGGCCCACUUACCCAAACUUCACCUGUCUCGCUUACCCGGACCGUGCUGUUGAGUCGCAUCCCCUGUCGAAGCUGUUCACCGACAUCCUAAGGACCUUUCCGGACAUAUGCGGAACUCCGGAGCAAGUCGCUAUAGUAUUCAUCAUGUUUCUGGUGAUGCGCUGGCAGAUUGAGCCUACCCAAGAGAACUACGAUCGGCUACCGCACUGGACCACGCCGCGUCCUUCCCAGCUGUUUACUGCUCAUCCUCUGUGGAUCGACCACCUGCCUUGGCCCCGUCUCCGCGAUAAGCUCAUUGCUUGCCAACCACCGAUAUCCUUUGAAAACUUCUUCAUUCCAUUUACCACCACCAUAUCGCUGAAUUGGCCUUAUCCACAUCGCGACUGCCUGCUCCCCGCUUCAAAGGUCCGAACAAACACCCUCUCAACAACCUCCUCCCUAGCCGCUUCGUCGCCUUUCUCCACACAUGUCAAUGCCGGCUCGCCACAGGGGCCCGCAACCCCAGGUGCUAGUACGCCUGGCGGACUCGCAUCCAUUGGUCCGCUGUCCAAAGAAGAUGACCAGUGGCUCAUUAACCCGGCAUUUGAGUCGCACCUCCGCGACCUGAACAACUGGACCCUCGGACCCAGUUUCAGAGGCCAAUUCCCCCAGUUUGCCGAUUGCGUCAAGAUCAAAGAGGGGAGGUGA